GUAUAGGAAAUAAAAACACUGCAAGUGCCAAAAAUAUGUGAUGAUUUCAUUUUUGCUGUGAAAACAACAAUUUCUUCCGAUAAUCGAAGAAUCUGCUAAGAUACUGUAUUUCAGUGUCUAUCAUCAUCAUGUCUGGAUUUUUAGACACAGUGCAGUGUCCUCGGCCAGAGUGCUGUGAUGCCAUACCUGAGAAACGCAACUUUAUUUCUUCUAUUGCAGCUGGCAUUCUUUUCUUUGGAGGAUGGUGGGUGAUCAUUGAUGCUGCUGUUGUGUUUCCAGAUAACAGUGAAAUGAAGCAUGCCUACCAUGCAUGCGGUGUAGUGUCUACUAUAGCAUUCUUCAUGAUAAAUGCAGUAUCCAGUGGGCAGGUCAGAGGAGAUUCUUACAAUGAAGGAUGUAUGGGACAAACUGGUGCAAGAAUUUGGCUUUUCGUUGGAUUUGUGCUGUCGUUUGCUGGGUUGAUUGCAUCAAUGUGGAUCCUUUUUGAAGACUACGUUGUUAAUCCCAAGAAUAACCCAGAGGCUCCAAAUGCUUAUCCUGGUGUUGCUGUUUUCUUGCAAAAUUUCCUGAUUUUCAUGGGAGCACUUGUCUUCAAAUUUGGGAGAACAGAAGAAUUAUGGGAUUGAAGGAAUCCAAAAUGAUUUUCUCUUCAUGAAAGUUGUUAAUAAGGUCUUGGUUAUUUCAUCUGACUUGCCCAUAGAUUUUAGUUAUUUGUCAUAUUGCUGUUCUGAUAUUCUCUAUGGAAUAAUUUGGUCUUUUAUGACAAAGGUGUCACUAAUUGUUACGAAGUAUAAUGGAUUAUCAGUUUUACUCUACCAGAUGUUGCAGAAUAUACCCUGAAUUUGAAAUAAAAUUCUGUAUUCCAUGUUUUAGAUGAGUCCUGCAAUAUAUCAGAACCCUCUACCCCUUUCAAUGUUCAUCAUAAUAUGUGCAGCACAUUUCCAUAUCUUAUCAAAAUACAUAAAAAAAAUAUUUAUUAUUACCUAUUUAGAAUAAAUUGUUCUAAUUGAUGAAACUUUCCAAAAAUGUUCAGAUUUUUUGUCGUCCAAAUGUUGAGAUGAGAACUAUUUGGCCAAGAAUCCUUACAUGGAUCAGUAUGAUCAAGGUUAAGCGUUUCCCUGGAAAUUCAUGUAAUCUUCAAAGUGAGUUUUUGUUCAAGAUAACACUGCCUAGAUUCACACACACAAAAAAAAUAUUACAUUUCUUUGUUUCUAUGCUCUAAAAGUAUAGCCAAAUUAAAAAACAGGAAUUUUUUUCCAACUUUGAAAGAAAAAACUUUCUUGUAUUUGGAUUUCUUUUAUUUCACAGAAGGGACUUUGGAGGAUGAUCACAGCUUUAAAUUUCUGUUGGAAUGUGUUCUAGGUCUGACCCAGAAUUUUCACACAGUGGCUGAAAUUAACAAAUCAAACAUGAUUAUGAAUAUAUUUGGACUUUAUGGUUAGCAUUUAGAGGGUGUACCAGAAUCAUGUUGUAGAUGUGGUAUUUGAUCCCCCUGGUGAAUAAUAGGUAUUGCUCCUCAAUCAACGGGAUAUUUUUUUGAUACCAUUUGAUCUACCCGCCUGAUAUCCCCACAAUCUGUUCUCUGUUGUUUAAAUAUUAUCUUCCCCCUCUUUGCCCAUCUUCCAAACAAUUUUGAAAAUAUGUUUGAUGACUCUACAUGUAUUAUUGAUACGUCUGAAUAAGUAUUCGCGAAAAUCGCACACAACUGGAAAUUUUCUGUUCUACAGAUGAAAUACUUUACAUGCCGUGUUUAUUGCAGUCUUGAAAAGAGGGUGACACGUCACUGACACCCUCUUUAAAAAAUAUGUAUAGUAUUAUGGUUUUAUCAUGUCAAAAUAUAAAGGUUUAUAGUUUUCAUAUAUUUUAUUUAUUAGUCAUUAAAUAUAUUUAUGAGGAGAAGGUAAGGUGUACUAACGUUUUGUGGAGGUCAAGGGUCAUGUGUCGGUUUCAUGACAUUUGUUCUGGCGACAAUUGCUCUGAUGGAAAAAAAGAAGAUAAUAAUAUGGACCAAUACAGCGCAGCUACCAUAUAAAUAUACUCUACUGUGCUUUACAUUUGGUAUCACAAUAAUAUUACCACGGCCGUAGCCUGGCGGCCAUUGGCGCUCAAGCAUUUGAUGAAAUCACCUCACCUGGGUUGAGUGCAGCACGAUAUGCUUCCACUA